AUGAAUGAAAUAAGAAAUACAGCUACCAACCUGAUGGACAAGCAGUUGGGUCGGAAUCCCGUUUCGGAGACAUACGGCCAGCCGGUCCAAGAUCCAUCAGGCGCAACCAUGAAAGCUGUUGUGUUCAAUGGCUCAAAAAGUGUGAAAAUUGAGCAAGUGCCUAAACCAACAAUCACUCACCCAAAAGAUGUGAUUGUUAAAACGACUGCCUGUACCAUCUGCUCAGGUUCUGAUUCCCACAUGUUUUCUGGCGAAGUUCCAGGUAUUGAUAAAGGUUCUGUCCUUGGACACGAGUCUUGUGGUGUUAUAGUUGAACGCGGCUCAGAAGUCCAGGAUUUAUUUGUAGGUGAGAGAGUAGUUAUCGCUUUCGAUAUUGCCUGUGGAUCCUGUUCAUUCUGUAAACGACGUGAGUUUCCCGGUUGUGACACUACAAAUGACACUAAGCUUAUGGACGUCAACUACGGUGCGCAUCACUCUGCAAUCUUUGGCUAUACCAAGAUGCUGGGAGAUGUCCCAGGCUGUCAGGCCGAAUAUAUUCGUGUCCCGUUUGGUGAUGUCAACUGCUAUAAGCUCCCAGAAGAUAUUCCCGAUAUUAAAGGUCUCUAUAUGUCAGAUGUAUUGUGUACCUCUUUGCACGCAUGCGAGCUCGGCAGUGUCAAAGAAGGAAAUACAGUUGCAAUUUGGGGUAUGGGGCCUAUUGGGUUGUAUGCAGGCCGUUGGGCUGAAAUUCUAGGUGCGAAACGUGUCAUUGGCAUUGAGACUAUUCCUGAGCGCAUUGAAAUCGCUAAGAAUCGUUUUGGAUUUGAAGUAAUAAAUAGAAAUGAGGUGAAAGAUAUUCCCAAAAAGAUUCUCGAAUUAAUUCCCAAUGGCCCAGACGUUGCUAUUGAUGCCACCGGUUUCCGAUUCACCACUACUAUGCUUCAAAAGGUAGAACGUGCUGUGGGUUUGGAGACGGAUUCAGCUGAUGUUGUAUUUGAAUGCUUCCAAAGUGUUCGAAAAUAUGGCCAUGUCUCCCUCAUUGCAGACUAUGUUGGAACUAGCAAUCAAUUCCCUAUUGGACAUAUCAUGAUGAAACAUUUGACGGUUCGUUCUGGCCAAUGCCCAUGCCAAAACUACUUUGACAGAGUAUUAAAAGCUCUAAGAUCCGGAGAGAUUAAUCCGGAAUGGAUGAUCACUAACAAGGUCAAGUUUGACGAUCUACCUGACGCUUAUGAGAAAUUGUUUUACAAACAAGAUGGAUAUCUCAAGAUUUUCUGUGAAUUGUAA